GACCCACUCAAUGGCUCCUUCGUGGCGGCAUUUGCAGACCCGCUGCUCAUCAACAAGCAGCGUGCCACAACCUCGGAUUCAGAUCCUUUGAAUCUUUGCAGAGCAAGGAGGGAAGACGAGAAUGCCCAAUGCAUUUGCAAGCUCAGCGGCGAGAGGCCGCUUAGCGUGCUCGGUCGAAUGGUAGCCAAACUGCCGCAUUCCGGCAAGUCCUUGGCUCUACAGCUCUUUAUGGAGCGCUGCCCCGAGGGCGUUCCGGAUUUUCUGGCCGGUACUCUGGUUCUGAGCUGUCUGUUGGUCAUUGCAGUGACGACUUGGAUGCUGUGGCUGGCCUGGGCAAGUUCGCAGCUAGAACCUUUAGAGCCAGAGCAGCAAGUGAAAGGCCUUGUGAAAGUGAAGACGCCUAUGCAAACUUUCGUCUCCGGAAUUUCCUGGGCCGCUGGCUUCCUCCUUUCCCUCGCUGCAAUGCAGACCGGUGCCCUCACCGUGGUGCGGAAGUCCUGUGAGCAAGAGGUUGGGGUGUGGCUCGUCGCCGCUUGUCCCACUGCUCUCGCUUUGGUGGCCGCGCUGCGGCUCAUGAAUCUCCUGGCAAGGAAGCAGCUGGUGCAUGGGAGUUUGAGUGUGGGUCUGGUCGUGACGGAUCUACCGGAGGAUCGCGGCAUAGAUGCCUUCUUGGUGUGUGCGGUGAUGGUGUACUUCUUCUACAUCCUCUACCUCGUCAGCACCGACUUCCCGACUCUGCUUGUGGCCCUGACCGCCCUCGGCGGCUCUGCAUGGACAGUCCUCAAGACUGUGAGCACCGCGCGCGACAUGGAGCAAAGCCUGGAGACAGUGGAAGUGAGAUCGGUACCCUUUGCGCAGAGCCUAGACAGAGACAAGAAUCGGUUUAUGCUCUUCAUGAUGAUGCUAGUUCCAUUUCGACAAGCUGAUUCAAAGUCCAGACCCGGGAUCCUUGAACCUUGGCAAUAA